AUGUCGGACAGUUCUCCGCCCACUCGCAAUCAGCUGCCAAUGCUGCACCUCGCCGACACCGCGCGAAACAAUCUCGUCGCGGGGGUCGGCGAGUUCGUGGGCACAUUCCUGUUCUUGUUUUUCUCCUUCGCGGGCACGCAAGUUGCCAACACCCCCAAGCCGGCGGAUGGUGCGCUGCCGAAUACGCCCAACCUGCUUUACUCAGCGCUGUGCUUUGGGUUCUCGCUCAUGGUCAAUGUCUGGGCCUUUUACCGUGUGACGGGUGGGCUGUUCAAUCCCGCGGUCACCUUGGCCCUUUGUCUGGUUGGCGGCCUGGCGCCGUUUCGGGCAGUUGUCGUCUUUGCCGUCCAGCUCGUAGCCGGCAUUGCAUCUGCGGGGGUAGUCAGCGCCCUGUUUCCGGGCGCGCUGAACGUUGGAACGAGAUUGGGGGGUGGAGCUUCGAUCUCGCAGGGUCUCUUCAUCGAGGUCUUCCUCACGGCCCAAUUGGUUUUCGUCGUCAUCAUGCUGGCCGUGGUCAAGCACAAGUCCACCUUCUUGGCUCCCGUGGGCAUUGGGUUGGUCUUCUUUGUGACGGAGCUUGUUGGCGACUACUACACCGGCGGCUCCCUGAACCCUGCGCGCUCGCUCGGCCCUGAUGUCAUCAACCGUAGCUUUCCCGGCUACCACUGGAUAUACUGGGUGGGACCGUUGCUGGGCAGUCUGCUGGCGUGUGGCUUCUUCGCGUUCCUCCGGCUCUUCCAGUACACGACCGUCAACCCGGGCCAGGACUUUAACGAGUGGGAAGCCAAGCAGGGCCCCGGAUCGUGGGACUCCUCGAUGCAUCGCCCCUCCGUUCUCUCAGAAAGCAGUACGCUAGGCAGGGCGCACUCCCCGACGAAUGGACGCUAUGCCGGACCGGGGCAGCACAUACCCCGCGGGGCCGAGCAGGUUUAAGGUGGCGGUUGAUGAUCGGUCGGCCGGUCCCGGCGGGAUGGGAGGACUAGCCGAGCCAUGGUACGGUUUCCUGUCACGGCCUGGAAACUAUGCUUCUAGCCGCAUGCUGCAAGUAUGACGGAUGACACUGUGGGGGUCAGUAGUUGGCUGCGUUCAGUGAUAUGGUGUUUAGCCUGGAUCUCUUGCUACGGUUCGGUGGAGAGCUUGGUGUUAAAUUGGUUGUCUACGUUGUGCAUUGCUCUUGCUUGUGCGUGGAGUUUGGCC